AUGUCGGUAUUUUCAGAUUUGGUGGAGGACACGAUAGAGGUAUUUUCGGAUGAUUUAUCUGUGGUAGGUGACUCAUUUGAUGAUUGUUUGACACAUUUGGCUGAGGUUUCUAUCGGAGGAUUUGGAGAGUUGAAAGAAAAGUUAACUUCAGCACCUACCAUUAUUUCAUCGGAUUGGGGGCAAUCAUUUGAAGUGAUGUGUGAUGCAAGUGGGGUGGCGUUUGGUGUGGUAUUAGGACAGAGGUUAGAGAAGAUUCUUCAUCCGAUCUACUAUGCCAGGAAAACUCUGACUGUGGCUCAAAAGAACUAUACUGUGACUGAACAGGAACUCCUUGCUGUGGUAAAGGAUAGAAAGGGAACAGAAAAUCAGGUUGCUGAUCACUUGUCCAUGCUAGAGGAGGAAGCUAUGAUCAAGCUAGAGGAUGGAAUUGAGAUUAAUGAUGCGUACCCUGAUGAACAUCGUGAGGGAGGAAUUUCAAAAAAGCAAGAACUACCAAUGAACCCAAUACUGGUGAUUGAGCUUUUUGAUGUUUGGGGUCUUGACUACAUGGGUCCGUUUGUGAGUUCGAAUGGGAUGAAGUACAUUCUUGUGGCGGUUGACUAUGUAUCAAAAUGUGUGGAAGCAGUCGCGCUUUCAAAUAAUGAAGGAAAGAGUGUCACUGCAUUCCUGAAAAAGAAUAUCUUCUCUAGAUUUGGUACACCAAGGCCAAUCAUAAGCGAUGGAGGUUCUCACUUUUGUAAUAAAUUGUCCAAGGUAUUGCUUGAGAAGAAUGGUGUUUCCCACAGUGUAGCAACCCUAUAUCAUCCGCAGUCGAGUGGACAAGUUGAAGUGUCAAAUCAUGAGAUAAAGAAAAUUCUUGCAAAGACCGUAAAUGCCAACAGAAUUGACUGGUCAAGAAGGCUUGAUGAUGCUCUAUAG